AUGAACGCUCCAGCACCGUUCGAGUCGUUCCUGGUAUUUGAUGGUGAGAAGAAGAUAGCUAUCGAGAAAGACACUAAAGUACCUAACGCUGCUAUAUUUACAGUGAACAAAGAAGAUCAUACGAUCGGAAAUCUCCUCAAACAUCAACUGUUGAAAGAUCCUCAAGUGUUAUUCGCUGGUUAUAAGUGUCCACAUCCGUUGGAGCACAAAUUUAUCCUGAGAGUGCAAACAACAUCGGAUACUACUCCAGAGGACGCUCUUACUAGUGCCAUCACUGAUCUUAUGGCUGAACUAUCACUAUUUGAAGAACGAUUUAGAUCGCCAUCAUCUUCCUCAUCAUCGUUAUUCUGCUCCACUAUAUUUCGUGUACGUCGAAAGCGAACUGCUGAUCCACAUGAAGCUUUGGUUAUUUCAUUAAAACGCCCAAAACAAAUGUCAGAUGUAACAGAACCUAUCAUUUGUUUUCGAGCUUCAACAACUAACUUAAAGCUGGGGUUCGGUGGUGUUACUCAUUCGCAGCAUUUUAACAUAAUCGAUGUGGAUCCACAUCAGAACACUGUGAACACAGUAGGACUACCACCAUCCAACACUGAUGAAGAAACAGAAGACAGUAAGAGUGACGUUUCAUCUAGCAGCCCUCUGGAACUAAUGAAAGAUUCUGUAGAAGAACCAUCGUCUAGCAGCAAGAUAAACGGUGAAACGACUAUCAAGUCGAGUCAGAUAACGUUAAAUGGAGAGCCGUUGCUAGUGCUAAGCGGUCAGGAUGAUGAAGACUUCAUUUUUGAUUAUUAUUGGAGCUCCAAGACGGAUGGGUGUACGGCUUAUCAAAUCCGAGAUGUUCGCUUAGCAAAAGCUGAUGAUUUACUAUGUGAUGGUGAAGACACAGAAAGCAGUGCAGGGGAUGACGAUGAGGAUUCGAAUGAUGAAAACAACUGGCGUAACGAUUACCCUGAUGAAUCCGAGGCAAGUUUCAUGAGUAAAUUUUGCCAUACUACUUCUGGUUGUGGUUCAGACGAAGACACAGCAUCAGAUGGAUUUAAUGAUUGUGAAGAUCUAGAAAGACAUAUUGGUGAAAUGGGUUUCGAUGAUGGAGAGGAUAGUGAAGGUGAUGGAGAUAAUUGA